AUGGAGACAGUCAACGACAGGGGGGCCUCCCUCAGGGCCCUACCGAGAGAUCAGCUGAUGGGGACCCUCAGGUCUCUCUACACCGCAAGAGGCGGCCUCCUGCAGCUGCUAGGGGAGGUAUCUGAAGAGAAGGAGACACUUGUGCAGCAGAGGAGACAGCUGCGUGAGGAAGAGAGCCGGCUGCAGCAGGAGCUUGAGCAAAUAGCGAGCGGGCUGAGUCUCUUUGAAGCUGUGCUGAUGGACUUCGGUGUCUCUCCUUUUCAGUCUCUCUACCCUCUCAAGAGACGCAGCGACAGCUGCAGCAAAAAGAGGGGGCCCUCCGCUACACCCCAAACAGGCCUCCAAAGAGAAGAGGGGGGGAGGCGCUCUUCCCUACCUGCCCCAAUCGGAGAGAAUGCAGUAGCAGCUGCAGCAGCAGCAGCUGCUGCUGCAGCUGCAGCAGCAGCCGCACAAGCUGUUGCUGCAGCAGGGGAAGCCAGCUCUUUCCUAGAGGCUGAGACAGUUGGGGGCCCCCAAGGGACUGUAAUAACUCCCCAGGGGCCCUGCGAGGGCCCCCUCUGUAAGGAGACAGUUGCUUUGGGGGCCCUCAGCUAUAAUGCUGCAGGAGACAGCAGCAAACCGCUGCUAACUGCGCCUACUAAAAAUAUGAACAACACCCCCAACACCGGUUUGCUGCAGCACGUGGGGGCCCCCGCGGAGUUGGAGACGAAGGAGACACCGCGAGAAAAUCAAAGCCCCAGUGGCGAUGCAGCCGCAGCAGCAGCAGUUGCUGCUGCUCCUGCUCCUGCUGCUACUCCUGCUGCUGGUCCUGCUGACUGUUUUACAGAUGGCGACAGCAGCAGCGAGAGCUGCGGCUCAAGUGAUGCAGAGGCCGACGCAACGGAAGAGUCUUCUGCUGCUGCUGAUGCUGCUGCUGCACCGCAGCCUGCAGAAGCAGCAGCAGCGAAGACAGCCCCUUCACAGGCAGAGCCGGAGGGUCUCAGCAGCAGGGGGCCCCUCGACAGCCAAGGGCCCCCUGAUGACAAGGGGGCCCCCCCUGUAGAGUUGCCCAACGAGGUGUCUCCUUUCGAUUCAGUAGAGACAGCAGACAACAACCAGCAGGGGGGCCCCUCUAGGUCUGCUGCGGAAGCGCUGGGGGCCCUCCAUUCAGCAGCAGAAGGGCUCCAAACCCCUACAGUUGUGACCAGCAGCAGCAGCAGCAACAACAACAACGUCAGCUGCAGCAGCAGCAGCAGUUGCAGCAGCGCACGAUUGAUCAAAGAUGCAGCUGGCAGAUGCAGCAGCGAGAGCAGCACUCCUGUAGACGUGAGCAGCAGCAGCAGCAGCAAACGAAAGGCUGCAGCAGAACCCCUGACCCUUGCGGAUGAUUUCAGCAACAGCACAAUUGGCAGCAGCAGCAGCAGCAGCAGCAGCAGAAGCAGCAGCAGCUGCAAACGAGCAGAUACUGCAGCAGCCCUUUCGUGCGAGGGGACCCCACCGAGUAGCCAACAGCCUUCUGCUGCAGCAGCAGCAGCAGCAGCAGAUACUGCCUGUGUUGACACUGCUGCUACACAGAAAGCCCGAGCAUCACUAGAGGGCCCCUCUGCUUCGCUACAGUUCAGAGGGGGCCCCCCUCCAGAGCUGCAGCGGGGCCCCCCCUUAGAAUUGCAAAGGGGGCCCCCUGGCUGCUCAAUGCGAGAGGGGGGCCCCCCCAAAACCCUUUGGGGGGUGCAGACACCGAGGCAGCAGCAAGCCUCUUCGAAAGCAGCAGCAGUUGCACCUGCAGCAACUGCAGCAGCAGCGGCAGCAACAGGAGCAGCAGAAGCCAAGAAGCUGCCCGUUGCUGCUGGAGGCCCUGAAGCUGCAGCAGCAGACACAACGGGGGGCCCCCGGCUGCAGGUUUCAGUUAUAACAACACAGACAGGGGACAUAGAGAUCACUUGGAGUGUCGAAGGGGGGCCCCCAGGGCCCCUGGAGCUGCAGGCAUGCAUUCUAAACUGCAGCAGCAGCAGCACCACAGAGGGCAGGCAGCAGCAGUUGCUGCUGCACUGCACAGACAGCCCCCUCCUCAUCACCCCUCCCAGCAGCACUGGAGAGUACCACAUCACGCUGAUGGUCAGACCCCUGCAGCAGCAGCAGCAGCAGCAGCAGCAGAGCCUUUGCUACCCAGGAAGCAACCUACGGCCUAUAUGUGGGGUGUCUGUACAGCUGGCGCUCAGCAGCAGCAAAAUCACAAACCAAAGGAUUCGUGCACUUGCAGUCAACAGGCUGUCUCUUCGGGGGCCCCUCACACCAAGGGCCCCCUCUGCAAACCCUUGGGGGCCCCCAACCCCAAGGGGGCCCCCAACCCCAAGGGGGCCCCUUGGGGCCCCCUCUGCAAACCGUUGGGGGCCCCCAACCCCAAGGGGGCCCCCUGGGGCCCCCUCUGCAAACCCCUUGGGGCCCCCCCCAACAGACCCUUUGGGGGCCCCCUCCACUAACAUCAAAGAGGACGGCAGUGUGGGGGCCCCCGGAAAGCCUUUACUAGCUAAAGGAGACGAUGAGGGGGGGCCCCAGAAGCAGCAGCAAGAACAGAAGCAGCAGCAACAGCAGCUGCAGCAUCAGCAGCAGAUGCAGUACCAGCAACAACAGCAGCAUCAAUUGCAGCAGCAACCACAACAGCAGCAACUGCUGCAGCAGCAACAACAGCAGCUGCAGCAAUACCAGGAGCUCCAGCAGCAGCAACCGCAGUUGCUACUGCAGCAGCAGCUGCAGCUUCAGCAACAGCAGCAGCAACAGCUGCAGCUGCAGCUGCAGCUACACCAACAACCAGAGAACAGAGAGCCCUCCCCCCUCAGGCUUCAAGAGGAGAGUGCUGCGACUCAAGGGGCCCCAUCGGGCCCCAGUCUAGCGGCGAGCAGCAGGUGCAUGCAGUCCGGUGUACCUACACCGAAUGCAGCAGCAGCAGCAGCAGCAGCAGCAAAGGAAGGUGCAGCAGCAAAUGUCUCUCCCGCUGCUGCUUCAUCGGUGAGGACACCAAGGUCUGCUGCUGAAACUGCUGCUGCUGCAUUAGAAGCAGCAGCUGCUGCAGUACCCGGCUCUGCAGCAGCAGCAACGGCACCUACCACACCUCGAUCAGCAGCAGCAGCAGCAAUGGCCUUGGCAGCAGCAGUGUCUCCUCGCUCUGCAGCAGCAGCAGCAAAAGCAGCAGCAAAAGCAGCAGAAAUGAUGGAGGCCCCUCUUCUUCCUCCUCAAGCUUCGUUGUCUGCGGGGGCAGGGGGCCCCUCUGCAGCAUCUUUGAGGGCCUCUAGCCCUCAGGGGGCCCCCCCUGUCCUGAGGGGGCCCCCCAACAUUCAGCUGUCGCGCACUCACCUACGGCAAAUGAUAAGGAGCACCACGGGAGCCCCAGGGGGGCCCCCCAUGGGCCCUAUGGGGGCCCCCCUUCAAGAGGGUACGACUUUGUUCGGUUCUGGAGCUGCAGCAGGGGCCCCUGAAGUAUCUACUACACCGACAAGGGGGAGCCUGGGCCCCUGGGGGCCCCCAGGGGCCCCCCAUACCGGCGGAGAGAUGCAUGCUGCUGCUGCUGCUGGAGUUUGGGGGCCUAUGCAGCAGCAAGCACUUCAGUACCCCGCUUUUAUGGGGGCCCCCUUCGGUGUUCAGACCCUCCGGGGGGCCCCCCAAGGUGCAAGCCUUAGACCGUUGGGGGGCCCUUUGAGGGGGGCCCCUCUCCCCCAGUUUACUAAUAUUUCUUCUGAUGCAGCAGCAGCAGCAACAGCAACACCACGAGGUGUCUAUGCAGAUUUUAGGGGGCCCCUGCAGCCUCAGGGGGCCCUUACUCACCGAGGGGGGGCCACUCUGGCGCCUCCGCCUAAUGGGGGCCCCUUCAUAGUCAGGGGCCCCCAAAUCUCUUCAGUCCCUGGAGUGCCUGUACACCCCACAAACACCUAUCUAGCUGAAGGCAGGGGUCGUGCAGGAGCCCCCCCUCCCUUUCGUUUAGGGGCCCCCGAGCUACAAGGAGUCUCUGUGCUGCAGAGAGAGGGGCCCCCAGGGGGCCCCCUAACGGCCAGCUGCAACAGAGGGCACAGCGUAACGCCAACCUACAGACCCACCAGGUACUGCAGGGAGGCUUUAAAUAGUACCUUUAGGGGCCCCCAGGAGCCCCCUCAAGGGCCCCCCUUGGGGCCCCCCCAAGGGCUUCCUCAAGGCCCCCCACAGGAACCCCCCCAGGGGCCCCCCCAGGGGCUCCCCCAGGGGCUCCCCCAGGGGCCCCCUCAGGGCCUCCCCCAGGGGGCCCCCCAGGGGACCCCUCAAGGCCUCCCCCAGGGGGCCCCCCAGGGGCCCCCUCAGGGCCUCCCCCAGGGACCCCAUGAAGAAAGGGGGGGAAGAGGGUUUGAGGGGCUCGUGGGGGCCCCCAGAGGAGCAUUGGGGGCCCCUAGUGGAGGGGGUGGGGCCUUGCUAAGUACUACCACUGGCUGCAGGUUUGUGGGGGCCCCCCUAGGCAGCAGAUCCUAUAGCCUCUCUAGGCUCUCCUGCGGGCCCCUCGUGGGGGGAGUAGGGGGGCCCCUAUGCAGCACUCAGGGAGCGAUACAGCCCAGCAGCAGCAGCAGCAGCAUCAGCAGCAGCAACACAGGGGCCACUGCUGGUUCUCUGCAGCUUCCGGGGCCCCACAAUGGUCCCCUCUUCGCUGCCGCUGCGCAGCAGCAGCUGCAGCAACAACAGCACCUGUGGCAGAUGCAGCAGCACUACUUGAUGCAGCGCUGGCAGCAGCAGCAGCAGCAACAGCAGCAGCAGCAGCAGCAGCAACAGCAACAGCAGGCUGCGCAUACACCCAGAGGGGCCUCGCUACGACUCUCACAGGAUUUGUAUAAGAGCCCUCAGCUAACCCCCCGAGCUGUCUCUAUGGUUAGCCUGAGGGGCCCCCCAAGUAAACCACAAGCUCUUUCGCUGCAGCAGCUGCAGCAGCAGCAGCAACAGCAACAGCAACAACAGUGCUGGCAGCAGCAGCAACACCAGCAGCAACAACACUACCUGCAACAGCAGCAGCAGCUGCUGCAGCUGCAACAACUGCACGGCCAGCAACAACACUGGGAUGCAACAAGGCCUCAGCAGCAGCAGCAGCAGCAGCAGCAGCAGCAACCCACACCGCAGCAGCGCCAACUUCCACAGCAACAACCGCAACAGCAUCAGCAGCACCAGCCGCCACCGCAGCAACAGCAGCAGCAUCAGCUCCACCACAAACCCCCAUUGCAGCAACAGCAGCAACAGCAGCAGCAGCAGCAGCAGACCUCGCCGCUGCGCCGAGUGAGGGGCUUAGACCCUCCUCCUCAUGAGCAGCAGCUGACCCAGUGGGUUUAUCUCUCAGCAGAAGAAAAGAAAGAGAGGGGCCCCAAGCAGGGGGCCCCCCAACCCCAAAGGGUACAGGAGGCGUAA